CAAAAACAAAUGCCACCGACGAGCACCUUCGAAAGUAAGGUGUGUGUUUUGACAAGAGCAUCAACAACAGUGUUUUUCGAAUCCCUUUGUUGCGGUAUUGCGUUUGGAAUUAAAUGAAUCUUUAGAAGAUGGAUAGAGCAAACGGUUUAGACGAAGCGGGAAACGGUUUCAAUGGCGUGGAAGAGGUCGAGGAAAACUUCGUAGACGCCGAAGACGGCCAGUGUUUCGGAAGGAAGGAAAAACCAGAUGAACGGGAUGCACGCGGAAGGCCAGGGAUUCCCGAUGGCGAAAUUGUUGCACGCAUGCCGGUGGAAAGGAACGCCACGCACUACAACAUGAACCACAGGAAAAGAGGUCUAGCCAUAAUUUUCAACCACGAAAACUUCGAAUGUGGCAAUUUAAAAUCGAGAGCGGGCACCGAGGCUGAUUGCAAACAACUCAAAGGCUGCCUAUCUAAUUUGCACUUCGAUGUGCACGUUUACAAGGACCUAACGGCCUACGAAGUCGAAGACCGCAUUAGAAGAACUGCCCAAGAGGACCAUUCCGAUCGUGAUUGUCUUCUAAUAACAGUCCUAUCGCACGGAGAAUGCGGAAUAAUAUACGCGAAAGACAGGUCGUAUGUACCUGAUACUUUGUGGUCUUUAUUCAGAGCGGAUCUCUGUCCCACUCUUGCAGGCAAACCAAAAAUAUUUUUCCUGCAAGCUUGCCAGGGAGAUAAACUAGAUAAGGGAGUAACCUUGAGUCGUACAGAGACCGACGGAGAGAUUCACAGUAAUUAUAAAAUUCCUGCGCAGGCUGAUUUCCUCGUCGUUUACUCGACUUAUAAAGUUACUCCCUUUGAAGCACUAUUGGAAGGUAAAACUAUACCCCCCGACUUAAAUGAAGCACAGGGGUAUUAUUCCUGGAGGAAUACGACCUAUGGUUCCUGGUUCGUACAGUCACUAGUCAAAGAAUUGACGGAAAAUGCCUAUAAAAUGGAUCUAGUGACUCUGUUGACGUUUGUCUCUCAGCGUGUGGCUAUUCAUUUCGAAAGUAACGUGCCAACUGAUCCUACGAUGCAUCGUCAGAAGCAAAUACCGUGCAUAAUGAGCAUGUUGACCAGAUUAAUCCAGUUCAAUGUAAAGCAAUGAGUUUUUUUUGUUUGUGGUGUUAGGAGAGCGAUUUUUAGUUUGUUUUUUUUUGUACAAAUUGAAUGAUUUUUUUUAUUUUUUU